AUGGUCAACGAUGGUUUGAAGUCAACACCAUCCAGAUUUCCAACAGGUGUGGAGUCAACACCAUCUAGAUUUCCAAAUGGUGUGACACAAUCGUCUACUGCACAUCCAACAAUUAUAAAACAACAACCAUUUCGGGGGCAAUCACAGUCACAUCUUCGAGGAAGUUCUAAUGUUCUGUUACAACCAGCACUUUCUCCAAAGUUUGUCAGAUGUCCAACUGCUUCCUCUCAACCUCUCAAUCCUGUGAUUUCUUUAAAAUCAGGUCCUAGGCAACGAAUCAGUCGAUGGGACGUUUUAAAAAAAUCCACUGCAACAAAUUCACAUUCCUCAACACCACCACCAGCUCCAACUAAUGCUCAUUCCUCAGCACCAACACCAACUACUUCUCAUUCCUCAACACCAACUCCAACUACUUCUCAUUCCUCAACACCAACUCCAACUACUUCUGAUUCUUCAACACCAACUUCGACUACUUUUCAUUCCUUAGCACCACCACCACCACCUAUAGAACCAUAUAUACCAGAAUACACAGAAUCAUAUACACCAACUCCCAAGGAAGCAAAACCAUCUUCUGGGUCAAAUGAAUCCUCUACUUCAGGGGAUUCAUCCAGCUCUUCAACAUCUUCAAGUAUUUCGACAUCUUCAAGUAUUUCGACUGAGCCGACACCAGGACCUUCUUCUGGAUGUCAAACAAAUUUAAAUAAAGUCAAUCCAAAUAUCACAAGUCAAGCCUUAAAAAAAUCUUUAGAAGAUAUUGAAAUUUCAAAAAAAACCUUUGGAAGCUAUUCAAAGCUUAAGAAAAAGAAAAUUUGA